AUGGUGAGUGCCACUGUUGCUCAGAAUAUGGUUGCCAUACUCGGCAAUCUCAUCUCCUUCACCCUUUUCUUCUCUCCACUGCCAACCUUUUACAAAAUCAUAAACACCAACUCGGUGGAGGGCUUCCAAUUACAUCUUUACCUUGCAACCCUUCUAAACUCCAUGCUUUGGGUGUUCUAUAGAAUGCCCUUUAUUCACCCCGACCACAUUCUGCUCCUCCCCGUCAAUGUUAUUGGCUUGCUUCUUCAACUCCUUUAUUUAGCCAUCUUCUUCAAUUUUGCCCGUCACAAACAACGGAAGAAAUUGGGUAUUUGGGUUGUGAUGGAGCUCAUGUUUAUGGCCAUCAUUGUUGCUAUUACAAUGCUUGUUUUGCAUGAAACCAAAACUAGAUCGCUGGUGAUCGGAAUUAUUUGUAAUAUUUUCAAUAUGGUGAUCAACAUUUCUUCUCUCACCGGCGUGAUGGAGAUGAUAAGAACAAAGAGUGUGAAGCAUAUGUCCUUGGCUGUUUCAUUCACAAGCUUCCUCAAUGCGUGUGUUUGGACAGCUUAUGCCAUUCUCAAACAUGAUAUCUACAGCCUGAUAAACAAUGGUGUUGGAGUGAUCUCAGGCCUUCUUCAACUCCUUGUUUAUGCUUACUACUGCUAAAUUGCUUCAAAACUUGACGAGGAGAAGGCAGAGAACAUACCCGUGGAUGGAGCAGAUACAGUUUAUUGAUAUGAAAUGUGUUGUUAACAA